CAAUAAUACAAUCGACACGUACCUGUCUGUUACAAAGAUGAAUCCUUUUGUAGACACCUAUGCACUCGUUACUUUGGUAUUGUCGUCGACGUCUCAGUCUUUUGGAAAACCUAAAACGAACAAGAAAACACGAACACCUCUCGUAAUGGCUGUGAGCACGCAACGUUGUCAAACGUAACAAAUUACCGAAUUUCUUAUAAUCGGUACACGGUCUAAAGUGGCCGUGGUGUGCAUAGGUGUCGGGACGCACCUGGGGUCCCAAAUCAAAAGACGAUGGGAAAAUGAUCGUCAUUUGUUUCAAUUAAUCCACGGUUCUUGGCAAUCAUGGAGACAUUUGUGAGGCACGGCGACACUCCGUAUCCGCAGGAGAACAAUUUCUUCCGUGCACGGAAUCCCCAUCAGAGAACCACCCAGAACAUCAACCAAAACUUGAGGCAAAGCCAAAUCGUGGACGUGGCCGUUACUCCAGAAGCGAACGACAGGAAUAAUCCUGAAAGCGACGUUCUGGACCAUUAUGACAAUUUCUAUCACACCACGAAGAGUCUGCUGGUGCUGUUUCAAAUUAUGGGCGUGAUGCCGAUUGAAAGAAACCCUAAAGGCAACCUGCAGAGAACGUCUUUUAAAUGGUUUUCGCCAACGUCAAUGUGGGCCAUAUUCAUUUACCUGACCGAAACCAUUUUCGUUUCGAUCGUGUUUAGGGAGAGGCUCAAUUUGAUUUUGCAUGGCAAGAAACGAUUUGAUGAGUACAUUUACAGCAUUAUUUUUUUGAGCAUUUUGGUGCCGCACUUUUUGUUACCAAUCGCCGCAUGGACGAACGGACAUGAGGUGGCGAAAUUCAAAAAUAUGUGGACAAGAUUUCAGUACAAAUACUUCAAAGUAAUAGGCCAGCCGAUAAUCUUCAAGAACCUGACACUAAUAACAUACUCUCUGUGCAUUUUUUCCUGGGUCCUGGGCAUAGCAAUCAUGCUGGCUCAGUACUAUCUUCAGCCCGACAUGCUUCUAUGGCAUACAUUCGGGUACUACCACAUCCUGGCGAUGCUGAACUGCCUGUGCACCCUGUGGUACAUAAACUGCACGGCCAAGGGCAGAGUGGCCAAUUGGCUGGCCGAUAGUCUUCACGAGGCGCUCAAUUCAGACGACCCGGCCAGUCGAUUGGGGGAGUACAGAGAUUUAUGGGUCGAUUUGUCCCAUAUGAUGCAACAGCUCGGUAAGGCAUACAGCGGAAUGUAUGGCAUGUACUGCAUAUUAAUCCUCCUAACGACAAUUGUGGCCAGUUACGGAUCCUUAACUGAAAUAAUGGAUCACGGACUGUCUUUUAAAGAAGCGGGUCUAUUUCUGAUAGCUUUUUAUUGCAUGUCUUUACUCUACAUCAUCUGCAAUGAGGCGCAUCACGCAUCGCGAAAAAUGGGACCAGAAUUUCGUGAGAGGCUCCUGAACGUCAAUCUCACUUUGGUCGAUCACAAGACCAGGAACGAGGUGAACAUGUUUCUUACCGCCAUUGAUAAGAAUCCUCCUACCAUGAACCUGAAUGGUUAUGCUAAUAUCAACAGGAAAUUGAUUUCUUCGACAGUAACAUCGAUGGCGACGUACUUGGUGAUGCUGAUGCAGUUCAAAUUAACGCUGAGCCGCAACGCCACGAUAGCGGCCCACAGGGCGGCGACUAAGGAGCUCCUCGCCGCUGGAAACGCGACGACGGCACUCAAAAGCUGAAAAACUAAUCAACAUACCGACCGCUUCAAGACACAUUGUUGCACGCAUUGCACUUCUAUUUGCAUGUAUUCCUAUCGCCGACACCUAAUUGUCUACAUAUGUGGCGAACUAAUCAACUGGACGGGUGUGGAUGCUAUAGGGUUCCGACAUUCAUUCUCGGACGUGACGGCGCUGAAAUGUGAUCUGAUGAUGAAUGGGCCAAUUGAUAUAUUGUAAUUGUUCGACGGUGUAAUUUAGAUGCAACGCGAACCUAUGCAUAAUUCCUUUGUUUUACAUCGGUAGCAGGAAACGUACACCAACCAACCUAUAAUCAUCAGCUGAAUCUCGAGAUAAACUACGGUGGAAAUUGGCUCCUUAACAAGUUGCUAGUGUAGUUUGAAGUUAAGACUGUAUGAAUAUUAAACGAAAAUUUUAUUGGAAGGCACCUUUUUUUAGAGUAAGAAGGAAAGCAAUUAUACAGUUCGUUGCCAAAAAUGUCACUUACUUAAAGUACCAAUAAAUUAUUUAAACGAU